CCGCAUUCCCAUUCAUCGUGCCUCGACGUCCGGGGCCUUGCUUCCUGCCCUGUCUCCUGCAGAUACGCCCGACUUUCGAUCCGUGCCGUCCCCGCAGCGUCGUUCAGGGUCUAUUGGGUCCCUGUUAGCUUCCGUACUUCUCAUCGCGUUCGGUGCCUCUGUCAGGCCGGCAGAAGCAUCGUAAGACCCGCUUUAUAACAAUCGUGCCGUCCCUCUUGGCGACGCGAUUGCCCUCGCUUUCCCCGUGUCCCACCAGUAUGUUCACCGCGUUUUGGGUUGCGUAUGCGUCGUUUCUUCUACCCUCUGCGGUCCGGGCUGCGGCGCAGUACAACAUGGUGAAGGAAUACGCAGGGGAGUCGUUCUUCGAUGACUGGACUUUCUACAAUAAUGCGGACAACCUAACCCACGGGAAUGUCAACUUUCUGGGGAACAAAGACGCUUUCCACGAUAAUCUCGCAUUCACCAAUGACGCUGGCAAUGCGGUCAUGAAAGUCGACAAUACCACCCAGUUAAAGUUCGGUCAGAACCGCAAUUCCGUUCGGCUCUCCACGAAGGACCAGUUCACGGUGGGCUCAGUCUGGGUUGCGGACAUACUCCACGUACCAUACGGGUGUUCAGUUUGGAGCGCCUUCUGGUCUUCUGCCCCAACAUGGCCAGUGGGAGGCGAAAUCGACACGUUCGAAGCCGUCAACCAGGACCCGAUGGGUCACAUGGGACUGCAUACUAACCCAGGAUGCACGCAUUCGUCCAACGCCGUUCAGUCUAGUACUCUUAUCAACUCCACGGAUUGUUCAAUCGAUGCCAACAGCAACCAAGGCUGCAUCAUAACAAAUCCGAGUCCAGCUUCGUACGGCGAAGCUUUCGCGAAUGCUGGCGGUGGCGUGUAUGUCACAGAGUUCGCCAUAGACGGCAUAUCAAUCUGGUUCUUCAACCGCACGACACUUCCGAGUUCGUUGCAAGGAAACGUGAGCACGAUUGACACCGCGACUCUCGGGAUACCGGUAGCAAACUGGCCCGCGGACGACUGCGCCGUCAACGAGUUCUUCCAGCCCCAAGAAAUCGUCUUCGACAUUACGUUAUGCGGUGACUAUGCCGGGGCCGCAAGUGUGUUCUACCAGACGUGCACGGGCGUUUGUUACAACGACUACGUCCUCGGAGAUCCAUCGUUCUACAACACCGCUUAUUUCGAGGUCUCUUACCUGCGAGUUUACGGCGAGCCCGGAGAGUUGACCGUGAUCCAGCCCUCAAGCGGCGUUCGAUCCGUGGGGCUAGGGCGGUUCGCGACUCCUGCUCUGGUCUUGGGAAGCCUACUCGCGCUUGUCUGGGCUCUGUGAGGUCUAACACAGUGACAUCGCAUCUGCGGUUCUUUAUUUCACCUCCCGUUUCCAUACUUCGUAUAUCAUACAGCACGACCCCAGACUACAUGCUUGCGGCGGACAUGAACGCGGUAUCUAUAUCACUCUAGAGUCGAGGUGUUAUACCACUAGCUAGACAGGCCGCGGACAUUCUCCACUUGUUCUCCACCGGUCUACACUUUCAGAACGCAACAUUCAUAUUGUCGUUCAGUACGUACCGCAUUGGACCCGAGCCACGUCUGUGGCAAAGUGUAUCAUCAAGCCUGACUUCCUUUCCUCCGAUGUCCCGGCAUUUUCUUUCACGCGACCACGCAUCGUGCCGUCACCGGCUCGUCGGUUUGGGCGAUUCGCUGUCGCGCAAAGGCAAGUUGUGCAAAGAUACCCGCUUGCAGUGCUGCUACCACCAUUUCCUGCUCGUGUUCUCCCACCAUAUCGCGUGUCUGAUGGCAGCCCGCGGCACUGGCGUGUACGGUCAAGAUCGCCUCUGGUAAAUCGCGCGCUGGUGCCGAGCGCGCUGCCUUUUCCGCGCGUCUUCUCCGUCGCCCCUAGGCUUCUUUCCGCCUUCAUGCCCUCCCCUCGGGACAGAGUUUGCGAUCCAGCAUGCCAUGAGGUCAGCACGGUUUGCACGGAGACUAGCGUUUCGGGCUCGCGAUUCUGGCUUGGUAGGAGAAAAUUCGACCCCGGCGUUCCGAUCAAGCCCAGCUGGCCGCCCAGCGGUGCUCUCAGCCGUGCUCCGUGUCAUCCGUUCCAAGCCAAAUGAGGCUGGCAUGCAUGCAGCAAGUCUGGGAUCAUUCAGGAAUCACCGCAACUCUAGCGGUCGUGGGCCGUAAGCGAGCUCCUACUUAGAGUCCCCCGUUCAAGCAAGGGACGCAACCGCACCUUUCGCCGACGUCCCCCCCACCAGACAGCACUCCUGCAAUGCCGAUCGCCACCAUGGCUGUUAGCAGCAGCUCGACCUUCAAUAACCAGUCGAGGAAUGGCAAUGUUUUGUCGGAUACCCAACACCUGUUCAGCGUCGAGGGUCUCGUCGCUGUCGUAACGGGCGGCGGCACAGGUAUUGGACUUAUGAUCGCAAAAGCUCUUGAACACAACGGGGCAAUCGUAUACAUCGUCUCACGACGCUUAGAUGUCCUUGAGGCUGCUGCAAACGAACACAACCGCCGACGUAAUCUCAUCCCGCUGCAAGGCGACGUGACGGACCGCGAGUCGAUGCGGGCGGUCGCACAGACAAUCCGUGAGCGACACGGGUUCAUCAACCUUCUCGUGAACAAUGCUGGUCUAGCCAGAAAUUUCUUGCCGAAGCUUCCCGGGCCAGGCGAGGUCGAUAUGAAGAAGUACCAAGAGCUGCUCUGGAACGCUGGCACACCUCAAGACUUCGCAGACUCGUUCGACGUCAAUGUGUCCGCUGUAUGGUACAACACCGUCUGCUUCCUCGACCUCCUCGAUGCGGGUAACAAGCGCGGAAACAUGCCCGGUGUCACCAGCCAGAUCCUCACAGUCUCAAGCGGCGGAGCCUUCCGCAAGGACGACAAAGUGUUUAGCGUGUCCUAUACCCUCAGCAAGUCCGCAGCGACACACUUGGGCAAGAUGCUCGCGUACUUCCUCAAGGACUGGCAAAUCCGAAGCAACGUCAUCGCGCCAGGCAUCUUUCCUUCUGAAAUGGUCGACGGCCUCAUCUCCGAUGAAUACGUCAGAGCCGGCGUGCCGCUGCACCGCGCUGGCACGACGGACGACAUGGGCGGUCUCAUACUGUUCCUGACAAGUCGAGCUGGUGCCUAUCUAAAUGGAACUGUACAGUUAAUUGAUGGCGGCCGCCUCCUCCUCUAUCCGUCCAGCUACUGAUCCCGGCGCGGUCAGAUGCGCCUGGGGCGCACAUGGGAUAUCUUGGAUCUCACUAUACUAUACUGAGCAUUAGGCGCAGAUGUACGUCGACGUUACGGAACACACUUGUAUCACUAUCACGCUACACUGGAUUAAUCGUCUGAGCCAUGCGUUUCC